CGCCGACGUCAAGCCGAGGCCGCCGCCGCGGGGCCUGGUUAUCGCCGGUUCAGCGCAGCCCGGAGUCGCCCAGGCCUGAACUCCCACCCAGGUCCCCGGCCCCCGCCCCGGGCCCGCGAGGACACCGGAGGCCACCCCCCGGGGGUGGGGAGCGGAGUCGCGGGUCAGCUCUGCGAGCGCCCCGCGCUGGCCUGUCCGGCCCCGCCCCCGCCCCGGGCCAUGGCCCAGCCCUUGUCCCGGCCCCUCGUCCUAUCCCAAUCCCCGCCUUGGCCCCCAGCCCCGCCCUCGCCCCGCUUCCCAAAUCGGCCCCAGCCCCUGCCUGGGUCCCCAUCCAGGACCCCCUUUCAGUCCCUGCCCCUGGCCUGGCCCCCAUCCCGGCCUCGGCCCUCGUUCCACCCCCUGUCACAAAUCCCAGCCCAGGCCCUGUCCCAACCCCAUUCCCAGUGUUUGCUUAAGGCCCUGGCUCAACCCCGUCCCUUGCUGCAGUCCCCAUCACAGCCCCUUCUUCCAUCCCACUCCCUGCCCUUGUUCAAACCCCAGUGUCCAGCCCAGCCCAACCCAUUAUCUCAGCCUUUGCCCUCAUCUCUGUGUUUACCCAAGUCUCUUCCUCUAGUGCCCCCCAUCUCUCAUACUCUGCCCCUCUCCCAGCCUAUACUCAAGUCUGGGUUUCAGCUGCCGCCAGCCCUAUUGCUGCUGUUGCUGUUCUCUGCCCUUGGCCCAGGGGCUGGAGGCCUUUUCCUGACUGAUUACUCCACCUGCUCACCCCGCAAGCUGAGUCCUUUCCGCUCCUUUGCCAGCACCGAGCUCUUCCACUUCCAUGUUCCUGAGGACACAUUCCUGGCUGUUUGGAACCUCAUCAUCUUCAAGGAGCAAGGGGGAACCUUUGGGGACCACUGCCCAGACCAAAGUGUGACUGUGUAUUUCCGGUCCGGGGCACCCCCUGUCAUCAAUCCCCUGCAUACACACUUCCCAGGGGACACAGCUGUGCCUGGGGUUUUCUCACUGACCCUCAGCUGGACACUGCCCAACCGCACCUCAGGCAUCUUUAACGUCAGCAGCCCCUUACCUGGGGACUGGUUCUUGGCUGCCCACCUUCCCCAGGCCCACGGCCACAUCUCUGUCAAGGGUCUCCAGGAUGAGUGUCAGUACCUCCUUCAGCCGCAGCUGAUUGUCCGGCGUUUGCUGGACGUCGCUGUGCUGGUUCCUGGCCGGCCCUCAGAGCAAACCCUCUCCCCACACAAUCGCUCAGCCCUGUACAAGGUCUUUGUGCCCAGCUUCACUUACAGGGUUUCAGCACAGCUGGCGUGUGUGGGGGGCCGUGGGGUAUCUGCCUGCCCCCUGUCACUGCGUCUGCGUCCCAAAGCCCCACCCCUGCACAACUCAAGCUCUGUGGCCUGUGGAGGUGCCUCAGGAUGCCAGCUGGAGCUGGCACUGCCCCCCUGGGGGCACUGGGUCUACGUGCGUGUGGAAACAUCAUCCCGGGGCCCUGGUAGGACCAUCCGCUUCCAGCUGUGUGUGCGGUUGCAAGAGUGCCCACAGCCCAGCCUGCUCCGAGCCCUGGUCCCUGGAGCUGCCAUGAACAUGCCCCAGUCACUGGGCAACCAGCCACUGCCCCCAGAGCCUCCAUCCCUUGGAACCCCUGCGGAGGGGCCUGGGACCACGUCCCCACCUGAGCACUGCUGGCCAGUGCGCCCGACUCUGCGCAACGAGCUGGACACGUUCUCUGUCCACUUCUACAUCUUCUUUGGCCCAAGUGUGGCCCUUCCCCCUGAGCGCCCAGCCGUGUUCGCCAUGAGGCUGUUGCCAGUGCUGGACAGUGGAGGCGUCCUCAGCCUGGAGCUCCAGCUCAAUGCGAGCUCCGUGCACCAGGAAAACGUGACGGUGUUUGGAUGCUUGACUCACGAGGUGCCCUUGAGCCUGGGGGAUGCAGCAGUGACCUGUUCCAAAGAGUCCCUGGCCGGCUUCCUCCUCUCCGUCAGUGCCACCACCAGGGUUGCCAGGCUGCGAAUCCCAUUCCCGCAGACGGGGACCUGGUUCCUGGCCCUCCGCUCCCUGUGCGGGGUGGGGCCUCGGUUCGUGCGGUGCCGCAACGCGACGGCCGAGGUGCGGAUGCGCACCUUCCUGUCCCCAUGCGUGGACGACUGCGGGCCCUACGGCCAGUGCAAGCUGCUGCGCACACACAACUAUCUGUACGCAGCCUGCGAGUGCAAGGCCGGGUGGAGAGGCUGGGGCUGCACCGACAGUGCAGAUGCGCUCACCUAUGGAUUCCAGCUGCUGUCCACACUCCUGCUGUGUCUGAGCAACCUCAUGUUUCUGCCACCUGUGGUCCUGGCCAUUCGGAGUCGAUAUGUGCUGGAAGCUGCAGUCUACACCUUCACCAUGUUCUUCUCCACGUUCUAUCAUGCCUGUGACCAGCCAGGCAUCGUGGUUUUCUGCAUCAUGGACUACGAUGUGCUGCAGUUCUGUGAUUUCCUGGGCUCCUUAAUGUCCGUGUGGGUCACUGUCAUUGCCAUGGCUCGUUUACAGCCCGUGGUCAAGCAGGUGCUGUAUUUGCUGGGAGCUAUGCUGCUGUCCAUGGCUCUGCAGCUUGACCGACAUGGACUCUGGAACCUGCUUGGACCCAGUCUCUUCGCCCUGGGGAUCUUGGCCACAGCCUGGACAGUACGCAGCGUCCGCCGCCGGCACUGCUACCCACCCACGUGGCGCCGCUGGCUUUUCUACUUGUGUCCUGGCAGCCUUAUUGCAGGCAGUGCCGUCCUGCUUUAUGCUUUUGUGGAGACCCGGGACAACUACUUCUACAUUCACAGCAUUUGGCAUAUGCUCAUUGCGGGCAGUGUGGGCUUCCUGCUGCCCCCUCGUGCCAAGACUGACCACCGGGUCCCAUCUGGAGCCCGGGCCCGGGGCUGUGGUUACCAGCUAUGCAUCAACGAGCAGGAGGAGCUGGGCCUCGUGGGCCCAGGAGGGGCCACUGUCAGCAGCAUCUGUGCCAGCUGAGAGGGGCUUUGGGCCUGGCCCUGGGGGGAUAUGAACGCUUCAUAGAGUUCUUUCUGGGGGCGUGGAGCCCUCUUAGAAGGAGACAGGCUGUAUUUCUUGAGGACAUGGAGUCUUUCUCAAGGACACAGAACUCUUCCAGGGACCUGGAGCCCUUCCCAGGACAUGGAGAACUUGCCGAGGGCCUGGAGCCCCUGCAUCGUGGAGUCCUUCUUAAGGACUGGAACCUAUGCAGGCACAGAGCCCUCAGGACCAAGGAGUCCCUCCUGCAGGUGUGGAGCCUUUCCUGGGACGCAGAGCCUUCCCAAGAUAUGGAUUCCUUCCCAGGGAGACAAAGCCCUGUCAGGAGCACAGCAUCAUUCCAGAGGAGGUGGAGUCUAUCUUGGGGAAACCAAAUUUCCAGAUUUUCCCAGAGGCUCAGCAACUGUGGCCUCAGGCUUCCUUCCCAGAAGCAGCGUCUGGGCUGUGCUGUGCUGCAGAGGAGGGAUUGCAGGAUGGAUGGAGCUGGGACUGGGGCUGUCUGGUUGGCUGGUAUCCUCGUUUGAUACAGGUGGAGUCUGUGUGUCUCCAAUGAUUGAUUGGUUCAGAA